AGUUCACAACGUGCGCUCGUUUCGUCCGCUCUUGCUCCGCGUCUGUCCGUCCGUUUGCGCCGUUUCGCGCGUCGCGUUUCUAACGGUUUUAUGUUAUCGUUUUCGUACGCCAUCGUCUCAUCGUUGUCGUUAUAAUCGAUAAUUGCUAUUUUUGUCGACCGAUCUCCAGCAGCUGCUGCCGAACAAAACGGAAAGUUUUCGUUUUUUUUUUUUUUUUUUUUAUCGCGAAUAUUCCAUCGUCAUCGUUAUCACACAGGUACGUCGUAUUUACGUUAUUCCGGUUCGUCCUUUUUAUUUUUAGACUCGGAAAUUAUAUCGACAACAAUUAUAUUAUACGAUAUCGUGUUUAUCGUUCGCAAUACUGUUAUAAUAAUAUACCUAAUGUAAUAUUAUUGGCAAGGCGUCGUCGAGGGUAUUUCGGCGUACAAAUUAUGUUCGGUAAUCACGGAAAUCUUUGGUAAUAUUACGGGAAAACUUAUAGAAAAUCUAGGUAAUCCGGAAUCUGGCGUGCACAGUAUUGAUCGGUGAUUUACCGUCUGUGACGUCGCACGCGUGUUUUAUCGUUUCAUUCCUGUAGGGAAAUUUUUACGUUCAGCGUGGUCAAUUUUGGGCCGUUGGCCCCUCAGAUAUCGUCGCGAUAUCAAUAAUUGAUUAAACUCGAAGUCGAGAAUAUUAUAUUUUCUACGUUUAUUUCUCUUCCGCUCCUCCCCCCCCCGUUCAAAUUUUUACACGAGCGAGCGAAUUAUCACAAAAUUCUUCACUCUUCAUCUCGCUUGAAAAUAUUGGAAAUAGGUAACGCUCGCGCGCUCUUGUCCACUAUACAUUCCAUCAAUACAGAAAUAGUUUCUCAAUAUAGUUCCUCUUUCGGGGAGAAUAAUAAGCCGAUUAAUUAAUAUACAAUGGCCACCCUCCGUUCGCGUGUUGUAGUUGUCCCGAAUUAAGGUACCAAUUGUUAUUAUUGUCGGAUAAGACUCAUGACGAACGAAAAACGGUAUACCGCCGGAGAGUAAAUUACUACAAUCACUGUAUAAUCGGGGAUAUCUAUGGUAAUCUCGAUAAUCAUUGAGAAAAUCGCGGUAUUCCGGAAUCCGGACGUGUACACAAUGCGAAUCGCCGACUCAGCCUCUGGAUUCAGCUGAAUAUUAUAGAAGUCUAGUAUCGAUUUUUUUUUUUUGAAAUAUCGAAUUGAUCCCUUCCGUAAUCAGUAUAUCGGUUUUUACUUUACAAAACUCCCCUCCCUCCAUUAAAAGUAUUAAAACCGAUUAAAAUGCACUUUGCCACGCUAAAUUUUUUUUUGUGUAUUUCAACGCUGAUUCUUAAACUGUUUGAAUUUUUUUGCUGAAACCAUUGUUAAAGAAGUCAUGACAAAAAAAAUUUCAAUGAUGUGUUUUUUGACGCUGAAGAUGAUGGCGCAAUCGAAAUCUUUUAUUUAUACAUAUUUUACAAGUUAUAUCGAUAUAAAGUGUGUCGUUUUUAUGAUUUUCCAAGUUCAUUAUAAUAGUAUACGGACUAUUAUAUAUUAUUAUAGUCUCGUUUUUUUUUUUAACUUUUUCCCCUCCGUUAUGUACCCGACGCGGUUUUGUACAACAAUAAUCGAGUGUUAUUUUCCGUGUAAAACAGUCCGAAUGAGCGUAGCGUGCGAGUGAAAAAAAAAAAUUCGUGAAGGAGCGUUGUAAAGUGCAUUUGUUCCUUAAAAUCCAAGUCGGACUUAUAAUGAAUUCGUUUUAGAUAGUAGACAAUAUAGAGGUAUCUAACAUAAGUCGGAAAACCCGUCUAGUGCUGUGAUAUAGUUACUGGACUUGUGUAGGUUAUAGUUCUGCUGCAGGACUCUACGCGGGGUACCCAAGAGAAAGAAACUUUUUUCGUCAGUCUCCCGACGAGUUCGUAGCGUUUUGUAAUAUUUUAAUUGCGGACGUUUUCUUUUAUCUGAAUUAUUAUUAGUUAUUAUUAUUGUAUUAAUUUGUGCGUGUUAAAUUCGAAUAUAAAUGGCACACGCUCGAAAUAGGUAGUACGUAUAUCGACUAAGUAAAAAUUAAAAAAACGAAGUGGUUCGUUUCCCACCGUAAAUAAUUUAAUAAUUAUGUUUAUGCGUUUAGAAAAAAAAAAAACAAAACGAAGAAAGUUCGAAUUAUAAUUUAAUAUGUGGCACGUGGGCAAAUCGUAUGCCUACAUUAUAAGUGGCCUAGUGGGUCGCGAGUGUUUCAUAUUACCUAUGCAUAUUUUUUUUAUUACCUAUUAUAGAUUUGAAUUGCAAUAAUGCAAUGAUUGGCAAAUUUGUUUUCGCGUGGGUACCUAUUUAGUCAAGUUAUCGAUUUGUGUAUCGAUACUUUACUUUCCGGUUUUAUAAAAAACAAAAAAACAAAAUUCUACAGGCAUGCAACUACGUUCGGUUUAAUGACAGAAUAUAAAUAUUGUUAUUGACUCGUUUUUAUAUCUUCGACGUAUUGGAUUCUAUAAAUACGUCCUAUCCUACGGUAUUUAAAAUGAUUUGUAUUUUUUCGGCGGCGAUUUCAAUCGUAUCUAAAAUUGGUAGAGAUUUAUCUAUGGGUUUAAAAGUAAAACUAAAUUACGUUUUCCCCACCCGAUAUUCCUUAUCGGUUUAAACUCGCCGUAUCGUUUCGUUGGUGCGUCGUUAAUGUAUUAGAACACGGUAACGAUUGGUAAACGCAUGGAUACCGAGUGGCGGUGUAUAACGUUGUGCAUUUCUGACGAUUUGAACGAAAUACGUACUAGACGCGCGCAAUUAACCGUCUAUUAAUAAUAACGCAUAUAAAACGACUAAACGACCGGAUAAAUAUCUUCCCAAUAAGGUUAUUACUGAACAAUUUUUAAAAAGAUUAGUUACGUCUUUAUAUCAUUUUUAUUCGUGUUCAAUAACCCCGUAAUAUAUUCGACAUAAAGUUCCGUAAUCUGUGAACUUUGUACCGUGUGAGACUUUUCGACCGAGUGUACGCCAGUAACAGGCAGUUCAAUAAACUAAAAGUGUUUUUUUUUUUUAAAGAAACUUUAGAAUAAUCACAAUUCGAGUUUCCCGUAAUGCGGAUAAACUUCGUACCUACCUACGCUACAAUAAUAUAGUAUAGAUCAGCGGUUCUCAAACUGUUGUACGCGUACCACUGAUGGUACGUGGUAGGUAACAGCAUGGUAACAGUACAGAAAAAUAAAUUAAUCAAUACAAGUGUUUUUUAAUGGAUUUGAUACUAUGAUUUACAUUAUUAUUAUAUUGAAGUAUAUUACUGUCUUAAACCGUUAUCGUUUUGAAAUAUAUGCAAAAACGUUAUGAAUAGUUCAAUUUUUUUUGGAUCUGUCACGUACCACGUGAUAGAUCCAUAAUAGAUAUAAGUGGUACGGGGAAUUAAAAGUUUGAGAACCUCUGGUAUAGAUAAUAAAAUAAUUUAUUUUUGCAGUUAUGGUAAUUUUUUUUUCAAUAGCAGAUUUGAACGUUGUUUUCCGAAUAACUAUUGAUUUUUUUCAUUAUCCAAGUACGAAUUCCUAGCGGUACGUUUGCGAUUGUUUUCAAGAUCGUCGGCGCAGACGAGUCUGCGGGUAUUGGUCUGAAAUAAAUUGUUGAAUGAUGAAUAUUUUUUCGGUAUCGCGGCGAAAACGAGCGUGUAUCGUAAUGACCGUAAUAAUAGUGGAAAAAAAUAAUGAAAAUACACACGUCAGCCGUACAAGAAAAAUAAUAAAUUUAAAAAAAUAAAAACCACGCACAAAACUUACUCUUGUAGUGUUUGAACGUUGUGUACAUACUAUUAUUAUUAUUUUACACGAUAUUACCGCCGCGUGUGUGUGUUGUUGCGGUGUUUGUAUUUUUCGUUAACGUUUUCUCCGCGGUUAUUCGUGUUUGUUAUUAUAAAUAUUCGAGAAGAAUAAAAAAAAAAAUUAUUCUUUACGCGGUAUACAAUGGGUGGUGCGUGUUGGUUUUCGUUUAAACAAUUUCUUUUACUCUCUUAUCAAAAUUAAAAAAAAAACGUCUUAUUAAUUUUUUUUUAUAAUGGUAUAUAUAAUAUAUCCACCGGUGUAUAAUAUACGUCUUCUAUUCUAUUAUGUUAUUAUACUUUUAAAAAGACGAACGUAUUAUAAUAUCGUACACACUACCCGGUUUGCGCUGCGGCGGUCGUCGCCGAGAGUACCUAACGUAUAAAACGAGAGGGACGUCGCGCGUUGUAAUAACCUGACCGCGUAUACAGGGCGAUUCCAUUGACGAUCUACGGUCGGAUUUCGGGGGUAUAGGUUUUUAUCCCGUUCGUUCGACGAUACCGAUAGAAUCGCCGUUUAACGAUCGUAUGUUGAGAAAUGUUUUCCAAAUCGGCGAUACGGUCGGGUUAUCGACACGCCUAUACCUACUGACUUACCUAUAUGGAUUGCCGUUCGCGAAUCGAAAGUCGACCAGCGGGGUAUGGUGAGUGUACGCCAUGUACGGGGAAUAAUGGUCGGAAAAAAAAAAACUAUAAAGAAACGAUAUUAUCGUCGUCGAGAGUUUAAUACUAUAACAACACUAGUUCAAACGUCGCGGACGUAAUGUUAUAUACGAAGAGAAGGGAAUAUUUUCCCGGGCGUUAACGUCGCUGUUUUUUUCGAAAAUAUUAUCACGGCUAUAACGGUAGGUAUUUGGGUAAAAACCAAACGUAAACUCCGUUUGUCGAACCGGGACGGUAAAACGCGCGGGGAUACUCGUAUGUAUUUUGUUAUUAGUCUUCCUCGACGAUUUAGAUUCACCUCUCCCACCAUCCACCCGAUAGCGAAUUCACCGACGUAAUAUUUUCUCCGUACCCGCGUGUAGAUUAUUAUUAUCGCCGCCGCGCGAUGAAAUGUAAUCACCCUGUACAAAACGGUCUCUUUUGUGUCCGACGCCCGGUUUACAAUGUACUGUGUAUACCUACUGUACGGGCCGUACGGCUACGCGCGCAGACGAUUCCCUACCAUCUGCCCCUCUCACUUUUCAACCACUCGGCGGGUGGGUAGGCGUACGCUACACGAUGAGCCGAACGGACGCGGCCGGUAUUUGUGACGUGCAGCUGUUUUUGGCGCGUAAAUUCACCUCGUCUACCGAAGAAAAAAUAACAAUAUAACCAGAAAAAAAAAAACGUGCCAAUUUCUUUUGUGCCUUUCUCCAAACCCCUUUGUCGUCGACCCGACUUCCCUCCGCUUAUAAUAAUCGGAAAAGAGGUCAACGGCUUUUCGCGUUUUAAACGGUAGUUAUCGGUCGCAGGGGUUCGGACCGUUAAAACAAUACAUGAGUUUAAAACGGUUAACAACCUCUGGGACGUUGGUUUAUUUACAAUCGUUUCGAGCGUAUUAAUUUUUUAUUUUUUUAAUCGUUUCAAUUCGGUUUUCAAUCAAAUUGAUUUCCUUAUUUUAAAACAGAUAACGCGAUAUUUAAAAAACACCUAGAGCGAGGUUACAAUUUAUUAAUAAGUGAUGAUCGUUAGCAAAAGUGGCGAUAUUGGCGAUGUUUAAUUUUUUUAUUAAAUAGGGUACCGUUUGAUUAAAAAAAAAAAAUAAAUAAUAUUGUAAAUAAAUAAAACAAUUGUAUUAAUCGUAUUUAUAAUUCCAUAAGUAGUAACAUAGACGAGAAACGAUUUGGAUCAUAUUAUUAUAGCAGAUAAUACGACCGGGAAAAAAAAACUAAAUUUGGUACGUGACACUGUUGCGCCUAGUCACGGGGAUUUUUUUUUAACAUUGCGCGUGGCGUCAUGGAUCCAUUCGCCGUUUGUGUCUUAACGAGCAACAAUCCCGCAGCUGCUAAAGAACUUAAUUUUUUCCAAACGACCAAAUCAAAUGUGUUACGGAGUACCCCGUAAUAUAUAUAAUGUAUUCGUACGACUGUGUUACAUUUCGGUUCAACAUUUUAAUACAAAAUGACAAACGCGUUGUAAUAUUAUACGAAAACGUAUUAUUACGAAUUUACGCAUUCUCUUUCCGGGUAUCCGCCAACUAUACCUGCGUGCGCGUGUGACUGUUGUGAUGGUGGACGUGAGAAACCGUGAUGUUUAUUUAUGUUUAUGAAUAGUUGCCCGAUGUUCCUCCGGAAGACUAUGCGUGUGAAAAUACAAUUUAAUAUUGGAGACUUUCAAUCGAAUUGUGUAACUGUAUUGUAUUAUAGUAGAUUACAUUUUACGAUCUAUUUAUUAAAACAAUAUUAAAUUUGCUCUUAAAAUUAUUUGAAUUUUAUGUCAGCGUACCUGUUAUCGCGUUACCAACCCCGUGUUAUGAAAUAUCGACGGUCGCAUUGAUGGCCAUACUGUAAUCGAGUGGCGUACGAGUCGCCAUUUUAAUGCGCACGCACUUUGCGUUGAAAGGAGACGGCGUUACGCACAAACAAGUCAUGUGAAAGAGAGGUCCAAUUAAUUAGCCACUUUGCGCUCAUCUCCAUCAUUAUAUAAUAGAUAAUAUUAUACGUACGCCAUAAUAUUGUACGUUUUCUUUUGUUAUUUAAAGAGGAUAUAAUAUUGUAUUACGAUUUCGUCCGUUGGCAUCAAUUUAUAUACACGAAUUACAUGUCAACAAUUUCGGUUGGAUCCAAUGUUGGUUCAACAUUUUAUGGUCGAAGGGACAUUAAAAAUAUUAUAAUAAUUAGACGUGUUGGAGUUUUUUUUUUCUUGCAUAUUCUUGUAGAUUAUAGUUAGAACGCGGAUUUAUACUCACUUAAAAUAGCCAAAAUAUUAUGCUUAUAAUAUUAUCUUAACACUAACACAAAUUUAAUAAAUAUAAUAUUUUUAAUGUUAAAUGUGUAAACGAAAUAAGUCAAAUAAUACACACAUUAAAAUAAUAAAUUAAUUAACAAUCUUUUGUUAAAAUAAAUUAGUAUUCAUCCUUUCAAUUGUAUCACCUUAAUGACAGUGCAGUAGUUUUUAGUACAGAUCAAAAAAAUAGGAACUUCAUUAACCAGCCUUAUGGUUUACCUUGAAUAUAUAAAAUCUUAAAUAUUAAAAACUGGACAAUCACAUAAUUUAUAUAUUACGCUUGAAACAAUUUAUCAUAAUGUAUUGUUCAGUAUUUUCAAGAGUCAUGUGAGGUCUCAUAUAGUGCCAUUGAAAACUAUUGUAUGACAUACCCAACAAUAAAUUAUUAUAAAAUAGAAAAAACCUACCGCAGCGGUCGAAAUGUACAUAAUUUUUUUAAUUCCUAGAAAUAUUUCAUUUCAUAUAUUUUUAAUUAGUCAAAUAUACAAAAAUAUGAUUUUAUAUGAAUAUAUUCUCUUAACAUCGAAAUAUGCAUUUUUAUGCAGAAUACAAUUUUGUAUUCAGAUUCGUUGUACUGUGAAUCGUUGGCAUAUCUAUUCUCGUGUGUGUGCUGUACAUCCAUUAAAAAUAUGUUUUUACAUAGAAAUCCGCGCUGUAAUUAUAAUAAUUGACAUUCAAAAAUGAAAAAAAUGUUGUUCGUUAAUGUUUUCAUAAACCCACGAUAAAAUGGGAUACGUCAUCAGUAAUGGUAUACAUAUUACACAUAGGAAUAAUUCAACUUAAUAUUAUUAGAACUUGUACUUAUACCCCUUUGCUACCAGACACUGUACAAUUAGAUCUUGUUGGUAAAUCACGCAUUACAAUAACAUACACACUGUUACUACUAGCAAUAUUGUUAUAACUAUAAUGAUAUUUAUAAACUUUAAUAAAACGGUUAGAUUAUAUUAUUAUUAUCAAGAAAAAUAAACAUCAUCCAUACAAAAUAAAUUAAAUUAAAAAUGAAUUAAUUUAUGUCAAUUGCCGGUGGAUGGUAAAUUCGGAAUAAUACGUUUUCGUUUAGUAUUUAGUAUUUAAACAUAACGUAAAUGCCAAUUUUUACUGAAAUAUUGAACCGAAAUGCGAUAUGAUUUGAUAAAAGUUUUUAUAAUGAGAACAAAUUUGGAAGAAAUUGAGGUCUCUAACGAUUUUUUUGAGUUGGAUGGUUCUUUAAGAAUUCUUGAUUCAUAAUAACGGCAUUUAUAUAUUUUUAAUAUUUUAAAAACUAUAUAAUAAUAUUAUAUUGUUUUAAACUUUUUUAAAAAAAAACACAUUUUUUACCUAAAGGCGGACGUGCGGUGACCGUAGAGUGUACGUACUUAUCUGUUGAUGUUUUAUUUAAUUAACCUUAAUUGGUAAAUACCAGUCGAAUUGAUUUAUCGCCAUUGAUUACUUAUAUAUAUAUAUAUAUAUAUGUAUAUUAUAUUUAUAAUAUUACGGAUAUUAUAGGUAGAUAGUAAUGUGUAUAAAGAGACUGGAAGUACAUCGAUAAAAAAAAAAAAUAUAUACGCAUAAAUAAGUAAUAAUAAUGUAAUAAAGAAAAAAAUAUGAUAAUUCUCUAACGAGAUUCGUAUUGGUUUAAUAUUAAUUAUUAUAAUCUUGGACCUAUGUACCUAUUCUAUAUACGAAAAGAAGAUUUGUAUGACUUUAUAAAACGAUCUAUUCGUUUUCAACGCGUGCAAUCACUAAAAUAUUUCUGUAUUUGUUAUUUUCUUAUGUGUAGGUAAAUAAUUAUUUUAUUGUUAAAAAAAAAAAAAUGUGCUAAUACAAUUUAGGCAAUCACACCUGUAAGGAGCAUCUGACCUAUAAAAUUAAAAGAAAAAAAAGAAUACAGAAAUACUAUCUAGAUAUGUUUUCGGAUUUUUUUUUUUUUUAAAUCCUAAAACGAAUUCAUCGAACCAUAAAGCACCUAGCCAUAAAUUAUUGUCCUAAUUUUUUAACCGAUUGGUGGCGAUUAUGCCUGGAGUCUCGAUUGCCAGUCACUGCGAGAAUUGUUGAAAUCGGUUUUUUUUUUUAAAUAGAAAAUGUUCAGCAGAAUCGUCGGGUUUUUUUUUCUGUUUGGAAGUGUUUUUUUUUUGUAGAUAUUUAUAGAUUUAUUUAUUUCCGCGUACCUAUAUCUGCUGUCGUACACCGAACGCAUUUCAGUUUAUCUAUAUAUAACUAAAUUGAAAUUCAGUUUCUCACGGGCUCGACACACUUUUACAAUAUUAUUCCUUUGUAAUUGUAUAUUCAAGAUAAAAUAUAAUAAUAUUAUAAACGCUUUAUUAGUCAUAUUUUUUUCAGCCGUGAGUAUAUAAUAUUAUAUUUGGUUACCUAUACGUCAUAAUAUCAUUUAAAACCUAGGUAGAAUAUUAUAAUGUACAAAAUAUCGUAAUCUGCAGGAAGACUAUUUCAAUAUAAUAUUAUCUAUACUGGUAGGAAUAAGAUUCGUAAUAAACAUUAUAGCGCGCGUUCUUAAAAUCCGAACACUUCAGUCUUGUAUUUACCUAUUUACAUAAUGACAAAUUAAUACCCUUCAGGUAAAUUAUGUUAAAAAUAGAUACGAUUUCCUGAGGGGACGGGGGGGGGGGACUAUAAUGUUAUUUUACGAAAUGCGAUACACGCAUAAUUUUCAAGGUCCGGACACGUACACUGUAAAAUACACUCGCGUAAAGUUUUCAUUGAAAAUAUUAUGUUAUGAGAUCUAUAUAUUAUUAUAAUAUAGAUGUAUAACUUAUACCAAAAGGAUUAUAAUAAUAAUAAAAUAAAAUGUAUGCGAAAACGAUCGAAGGUAUCACGUUUUCACAUUGUAUAUAAUAUAUAGGUACUCGAGGUUCUGAGUGUACCUAUAGGUACCUGUAAUAUAGGCAUAAGUGUCAGGUUUUGAAAAUAUCACGGGGCUCACUAUUUUAGAGUAUUUUUAUACGUUGCUAUCUUUCGCCUGUCAUAUAUAAAUAAUAUUCUCUAUUUUUAUUUUCCUUAUAGUGUUCGUUAUACUGCAAUUACUUUUAGUUACGUUUUUAUUUCCGAUUUUUAAUGAUGCACUAUAACAUUAUUAAAAAAAGUACAAUUUUUAAAAUUAUAAAUUUUAAGUAUCAAAUGUAUGUCUCCGCAUUUGGGAGUUAUUAAUGAAUUGGUUUGUUAUAAUUUCUAAAAUUAUUUCUUCAUGCAAUUAAUCUCAUAGAAAAAGGACCAUAUUCAUCUUGAAUGUCUAAAAAUGUAUGUGAUUCACUUCUUUAAUAAAACACUUUGGAGGUUAUUGUGAGUCAUGGGGGUACCCUCAGAUCUUCUUUUUCUUCAAACACUCUUUCGUUGAGUAAAAAUGGUCCAAAUUGUUCGCAUUGUACUUUUAAAGAUGUGAAUUUUUUACUCGGUUGUACCUAUUUGCAAAUUCGUUAUAGAUUUCCAACAGUUAAAAACAUUUUUUUUUUUCAUAAAAAUUGACAACUAAUGACAAUAUACAUUUUAUUAUUUUUGAUUUUCGUGGUACAGUAGGCCAUAAUUGAAAAAAAUCACCUAUAAUACUUAUACCUAACCUAUAAUACCUUAUCGAUUUACCGAGCUCCGAUCAGAGUUGUCUUUUUAUUGUAAUGAUUUAUCGUUGUUUUCAGUAUAUUAUAAACUAAAUAACCAUGUAAUGCCAUAAACAAAUACAAACUUCUGACCUAUAACAUUGGCCUACCCAUGAUAAGAAUUAUAUCCGGCUUUUUAAAUAUUGCAUCAACGUUUGAUUUGAUCUUACCGUCAGAAUAUAGUUCCAUUGUUUUGUACGAUUUUCUACGGGAAUAUUAUUUUAACUUUCAUAAGUUUCUAUUUUGUUGCACAAGUGCGUCCGUGUCGGCAUUGAUACAUUUUCCGAAAAUAAUUGACGAUUUUGUGCUUGUAACUAAUUCAAUGUUAAGGCCUUGAUCAAGGUUUAUUCAGAUGGGUUCAACAUUUUUCCAUUUUCCAUUUAUAAGAAUAUUGCACGGUUAACAAAUAAAUUGGAAAAACCGACCAAGACGAUACAUAUUUGGUUCGUAUGAUCAUUUAAUUUUGUGUUAAAAUGCGAACUGAACAUAUAGUAUAAAUGUUAUAUAAUAUUUAUAUUAAUAUUGUAUAAUAUAUAUUAUUUUUUAUACACAUGAGUGUAUAUGUAUUUUUCAUUUUGAUCAAACGUUGAUUUUAAUGUAAUGCCUACGUAAAUUAGAAAUAAGUUCAAGAUUAAUAUAUUAUAAUGGUUUUCUAAAAUACAUUUCAAAAAUCUUGUUAAUAUUUUAGAUUCUGAGUGGGUACUGCAGUGGUUCUCAACCUUUUUGACAACUUUUAACAGACGUAUAAUAUCUUCCUUGAUAUCAUCAGGUAACUCAUUGACUUUAACAAUAAAAGGUUAUCAAUCUUUUCACUAACCGUACUUAAUCAUACUUUAUCUAAACCACCAUAUUCUGAGAAAUACCGAUUAAAUUCGUCUUUAAGUUUUUGUAAAUGCAAUAAUAAUAUAACAUAACAUAAUGUAAUGUGGCUAUCGUAUAAACCGUAAUAAUAAAAGUGUAGUUUUACAUAAAGUGAUUCUUGGGCAAUUUCGGCCGAUUGGUCAAUAAUUAUUAAUAAUUAUUUAGUAUACACCAUUAUUAUUAUUGAUAAAAAUAAAGUUGAUCAAAGUUAUGUGUCAAAUAUUAUUCUAUAGGGAUGAAAUAAGAAAUUUAAACAUGGAUUUGCGCUUGGUUAAUUUUUACAUUUGGUCCAAUUUUGACAUGACGACGACGACACGGGCAACUCGGUCAGUGGCGUAUUUAGGAUUUGAUCGAGAACGGAGAUAUUAAAUUUGGAAAUUAUGUCUUAUUAACCUAUAGACCAAAGAAAAUAUCGAUUUUGAAUUCACAAAAAUACUUUUGUUUUAUAAUUCAAUCUGCCUUUAAAUUAUCAUUGAAAAUAACUAGAUAUUAGUAAUUAUUUUAGAUUUAUUUAGUAUUUGGGUAAAAAUCUAACCUCUUUCAUAGUAUAGUGGUUUUAUUUCAAACAAGAAAGUAUAUUUGUAUUCAAAAAUAUAGAUAGUCAUAAAAAUAUAAUAGAUAUUGAAAAAAUAUCAAAGAGGAAGAUACUAUAUUUCCUAAUCUCUCCUCCCUCCUCUUCCUCCGUAAAUACGCCACUAAACUCGGCAAUACGAUUUUGGUAUUGAUACUGAGUUUUACUUUUUAUAAAAAUUCAUAGACGCCAAUAUUGUGUACAUCAGCGAGGUGUUUGACUUGUAUUUUACGACAUAUUAUGUAAAGUAAGCGAAAAAGAAUAUAAUAUCGCGUUUGUUUUUCAAAUACAAUGAAUCGAUGUCGUUACAUUUCUGAGUUUUGAUGCGAUAUAGUAGCUGUAUAUUAUAAGAAAUAAUAAUGCGUCGCGAUUGCAUAUUAAUAUAUUUGUUGUUUGUAUCCUGUGCAGUGACGUUUUUAAUUUAUUGUUUCGUUAUUUUUUCAUUUCAUUUCGAACACAUGAUUUUUUAUGGGUAUGAAGUAAAACUUAUAAAAAUAUAUUAUUAUUUUUUCGCGUUCGCGCAUAUUUCAUCGAAAUCUGCAAAUAGCACAAUAUAAUAUAAUACCUAUAAUAAUUAUCACAUCGAAUUUCCACAGUAUUUAAGUGUGUAGCAAUAAUUAUCGUACGGUGCGUAUAAAAUAUAUUUCAUACAUGUAUAUAUUCAUGGGAAGUGUAUUUUAAUGUUACGAAAUAAUCACAAUAGGCACACAAUAAUAAUAAUAAUAAUAAAAAUAAAAAAAAAACUACCUAUUGGUACCUAUCUAAUUAUUUACUCAUUUUUUUUUUUAUAAUAUAGCUGCAGUUAACGGUCCACUAGUAUCUAUAAAUAAUAAUAUAUACAUAGACGCGUGUCAAAUGACUGCAGCUAGAAGGAAAACGACUAAGCGCCUGGAUGCAUUCAUAAUACUGUGCGAAAUCGAACGAAAUCAACUUACUUUUCUGUUUUUUUUUUCUGCAGGUAACAAAACGAAAAAAAUUAAGCAUUCUGACCGAGUUUGUAUUGCGUUCGCGCUUUCCAAUGUAUCGAACAUCAUCGUUCGAAUUUAAUUAAACUAUGUUUAGUUAUCGAUAAUAUUGAUAUUUUUCGAAAAAAAUCGAGUUUUUUUUCAUUAUAAAUCCUAUAAUACCUAUAUCUUUAAACUUGGGGGGCGCUCUUUAAGUUUCUUAUAAAUUGGUGUAAAUAUUUUCUGGUGGAAAUUUCCUACAAUUCGCUAGACGUUGGACUGAUUAUUGUUAAACAAUAUUGUUGAAAUAUAUAAUGCGGUUUAAUAAAAAUAUUAAAAAAAAAAAAAAAGAAUAUUUAAGCUUGUAGAAUGUCACAACCAAGAUAUCGAUUAACUCCUGGGACAAUUAUGGACGUUGUCUAACGUAUGUGUAGGUAAUUAAAUACAAUCGAUUUUAGACUAUGAGCAUUUUUUCCGCCCGUGAACAACUUUUCUACCAGAAAUCUUCUAUCUAAUUAAAAAAUUACAAAAAACCUUUUUCGAAUUUUAUUGUGGUGCACUGAGAAAGUAACAUUUUUAGUUUUCAUAGUGAUUUAGAAAAUCCCAAAAAACCAGACAAAUAUUUUGUCUUUUUUUCUUAAAAAAAGCUUUGAAAAACGGAAUUGUCUUAUUUUUAUAACGGAUCCCUCGCUUAAUAAAAUUACAAUUGUUAAUCAAGUUUUAUACAACAUAGUGAACUAAUCAAUCACAUCAUUAUAUAGUUUUUCUUUACACUUUAUAGGUACGGGUAUAUUGGCGUACUGUGGGCAAUUUUAUUAUUGAGUUAUUAACGCAUCUUUUGAAAUAGAUCUGGGUAGCUAUUUAUAGUAUAAUAUAAUAAUUACUUGGUCGCAAUUCAUAAACAGAUUUUUAAUCUGAUAAUUAUUGUAAAAUGACCUAAGUAUUGUAGGUAUAUACCUACGUCAGUUUAAUUUUAAUUUUAAAUUAUUUCGUAUUUAUUAAUAUUAAUUAUUAUGCAAAUAAUUAAUUAUAUGUAAUGCGAUGUUAUUAGUUUUAAAAAAUAAAAUAAAAACUGUUGUUUUUUUCUUUCAUAAAAUCCGUCUUACACCGCCAUUCGAAAAUAAUAUAUUUGGUAUUAUAUUUUGAAGGUUAUGUUUAAUUAAUUUUUAGAUCCAUUAUUUUUAUAUUAUUUUAAUACAUCCAGCAGGUAUCUACUGCAGCGAUGUGUGCGUGUGCGUCUACGGGUUAAUAGCUUCCUCCUCAAUUGUUCAGAUACUUCACCUAUACCUAUCUCGGAGCAAUGGUAUUUGUUUUCUUUAUUCGACUACCUAUAAUUAGCUAUAGGUACUUUUAAUUUUUUUCUCCUCGUCCUAUAGAGUAGCGUUAAAAAUGCCAACAAAAUCGUCUAUUAUAUAGCUACUAUAUGCGGUUUAGGCAGAAUUCGAUUUGGUUUAUAUUUAAUAUCGUACGAGUGAGUUUUAAGAGUUAUAUAUAUAUAUAUAUAUAUAUAUACGAGUAUAAUAUAUAAGUAUUUUUUUAAAAAAAACCAGAUAUUAUUGCAAACGAAGGAUAAUAAAUUAAAAAUACGUUUUGACCCGUCGUUAUUAUCAUAACAUUUUUUUCUAAAACAACUAUGAUGUAUCUACAUAUUAUUGUGUUUGUUUUAAUGGAUAAAAUUUGUAUAAAUAUUUACUCUAUAGGAAUUUAUAACAUUUUUUUUUUAAAGCAUAUAACAUAAUAUACCUACUGAAAUAUUGGAAUCGAGCCACGUCGUCGGCGGGGCCGAAAACACUCCGCUUAAAUUUCCAGUUGGUUAUUUUUAGCGGAACGGCCGACUAAGAAUUGUGGUAGUGUUCCAGUUGUUAAAAUUAGAAUUUUCAAAAUUGUAAAUAUUAUAAUACAAUUUUCGAUCUGUAUAUAAUAUAAUAUGAUGAAGUGUGCACUCGAUCGUUUGUCUGUCUGGUUAGUGUACAGCUGCAUUAAUCGGCGUAUCGGUUGUAUGUUUUGAAUAAUUUUUAUACAUCUAUCUAUUAUCGGUUUUACCUCGAAUCCGUUCUGAUUUCUAAUUUGUUAUAUUGUUCCGCUGCCGGUAGUCGCGUGAUGGGUUUUAAAAAGAUUCGGUACGCCGUACUAUCGCGGUUUCCAAAAAAAAUCAAAUGAGUGAUUUACAUGAUUUUCAUAUUAUGUAUACUCCGGUCAUCUUAGUCGAUAGAGCACGAAACUCUUAAUAUCGGGGUCGUGGGUUGGGCAUCGCUUUGUCGUAUACUCCGUUUGAGUACUGAGUAGGUAUUACACAUUUAAUAUAAGACAAAACUAAAAUAUCACGACAUUCAAAAAUAUAUUUAUUUACUUUUAACGAAGGAUCUUUUGUAAAAAAACUACGGUGGCGUUGACUAGGAUGUGCAACAUAAGAUUAAAUGUGGUUGGAUAAAGUGAAGAGAAGCAUCAGGUAUUUCGUGUGAUAAGAGAAUUUCAAUGAGACUCAAUGGUGAAUUCUAUAAAGUGUGUUGAGAUCGAUUAUGUUGUAAGGUUCGAAGUAUUGGGUGGUAGACAGAAUAUAGAACACAGUAUUAUACAAUAGUAUUAUUGUAGCAAAGAUGAAAAUGCUGAGGUGAAUUCGAUAGUAGACAAAAUAAGAGUAAGACUGAGGUUGUUUAGGCAUAUUAUGGGAAGAGAAGAAUCUGAAAAGCUGUAAUAAUUGUAAUAAAAACAAUCAUUAGAUGAAAAACAGGAAGAGAGAGGAAUACUGAAAAAAAGAUAGUUGGAUGCGAUUAAGAAUAAUAUGAGAAUAGCCGGUCGUUGGUGUGGGGUGGGAAAUUGGGUCAAGUGGUGGUUUAGGAUUAGGGUGGCCUAUCUCAAACUAGUUUGUAUUAAGUCGAAGGAGAAGAAAAAUAAAACAUUUAACAACGGCCAUACGUUUAACAGUGCGGACGUGUCCGGGUAAAAGAAGAUGUGAAGACAUAGUUCUCUUCCUUAUACCUUUAUUAACUUACUAACUUAUUUCUUACUUUCUAGUACUUUCAGUACUUUCUAGUACUUUCUAGUAGUUUUCUUACAUUAGCACUAUUUCUUAUUACUAAUACCAACAUAGUUAAUCACUAUUAACUAUUUACAAUUUCUAUUAUAAAAUAUAGAUUUGGAUUUAUACGUUUUUGUAUUUUUCACAGAUAUGGAAAGCGUCCAUAGAUUUUGGAACCGUUCCAAACUAUGUUCUCGGCCUCAAAAUAUGCCUUUGAUUUAAAAGCCGUACGGACUACACGUGGUUUGCGAAUUUGCAAAUUUGAUUUUAUAAAGUUAUAUAAGUCAUUAGACCUUACAAAAACUUUAUUGUUUUUAUAACAUUUUGGCUAUUUUCGAGAUAUAAUAGUUCAAAAAUUGCCAUAAAUAGCAUAAAUACAUUUUAUUUAGCCAUUUGAAAUUUUCGAGGAUUUAUUUGGUAAUUCAAAUUAGUUUCACUCGGCUAAUAUUGAAGACGAAAUUUAUCUUCAGUUGUAAUUAGUUUUUUCAAAAAGUUGAACAUUGUUUUGUGGGUUUUUUUCGUAAGAGUUUUGAGUUCAAACUUUGACAAAAAUCGUCGAAAUCACGAUAUUUCAAAACCUGUUCACCAGAUUUUCGCUCGAAAUCGUUUUGUUUCAAUGUAUUUUGAUGAAAAAGUAGUAGUUAAAAAAAAGGAAAAAAUUAGUUGUUUUAUUAAAGAAAAAAAAACAUUAUGCAUUCGUGACGGUAUACAUUUUAUCUAUCGAUCGAUUCGCAAAAAUAUUCACGCCGUGUCGAAUAACAUUUUCAGAAAUUAUAAAUUUGGGUGGGCAGGGGCAUGUUCAUGUAUACCGAUAUACCUACAUACUGUUAAUAAUAUUAUAUUAUAAUAAUGUAAACAAAUAUAUGUAUAUAUAUAUUAUGUGUUAUAAUACACUUGGCCAUAAACAUGAUUUAUUUUUUUUUUCGUUUCAGGGUUACCCGUGGUGAUUUAUUUUCUACGUAAAAAACCCAUUACACCCUGUAAUUUUGAACGAUAUAAACGGAACGGCACACGGAUAAUGCGUGGUAACCACGUUACAAUAUUAUCAUGACUGGAAACAUUGAUUUUCAAUAACCUGGACCAAGUUUCGAAGUACACACGAAUACCGCCCAAUAUGAUGACAAUUGGAAUUUUAACUAGUGAGUAUUAUCAUGCUUAUACUUAUUUUGCUACUAUACAUAUACCUACGCAUACAAAUGUAGUAUGCAUAUGACGUACGUGACCGAACAAUAAAAUAUUUUAUACUUAUUUUUUAUGAAAAUUAUUAGCCGCCAACGCGAUUUACAAUAUUUAAAUACUAAAAAAGAUUAUAUUAUAUAGAUACCGGAUUUUUUUUUUUUUUUACUAGACGGCAUUGUUGCACAUUUUGUCGUACUAUACAAGUAAUAAUGAAAAUGUUUUACAAUAAUUUUAGAUUCUGAAUGAAGCGUGAAGUGUAUUGGUUCCCCCUUUUUUUUAACGACUUUUCCAUCAGAAAUCUUACUCCGAUCGUCCAGUUAAGUAUAAGCAAAUUCCGGUGCACUGAAGAGGUCGGUUUUUUGUUUUAAUUGUAGUUUUUUUAAAAGUUUGGAUAAUCGGGAAAUAUAUUGUUUAAUUUGUAUUGAUUUCUGCGUUACCUCGGUAACAAUGGUAAACCACGAUUGUAAUACAAUUUUCGUUCAGAAUUUAUCGACUGAAAUCGUAAAUAUCACGGCCUUUUAAACAUGUCGUAUAAUCGAACUCUACUCAGAAUUGUUUUUCAUUAACAAAGAUUAAUCGUUGCUUACAGAUAUACAUUAGAUUCUCCUGUACAUCCUACCUUUAGAACUAAUCAUCUAAAACAAUAUCCUAUACUCGUGAGAAUUAUCGCCUUUUUAAAAUAUUUUACCUAUUUAUUUUUUUUUUCUUUUACGUGUGCCUCGACUUAUUAAACAUUUUUAUUGCUUUAAUAACGGCAUAGGAGCUAGACAGUGCUUGGACAAUUCAAAUAGAAAGUGCAAUUUACCUACCUUUUUAUUAAUUUUUGUUUUCUAUAAUAAUAAUAUAAUGUAUUCGAAUAUUUCCCCCCCAAUUCCUCACCCGCUUACUACAUAUUAUGUAUUUAUACGUAUACUAUACAUAGGUACCUAUGUAUUUUCUCCGCUUUCUUCUCCGUCAUUCCCGGCCGCCGGACAAGGACACGGUUCAUAGAGUAGUUGAUGCGGUUUAUCAAUAGACAGCAACAUGAUAAUAACAACAACAACAACAACAACAACAAUAAUAAUAAUAAUAAUAAUAAUAAUAGUAAAAAUAAUAAUACAACGGCAGCCGACAAUGGAUGAAUAUAGAUUUCCUUACUUCCUGAUGAUUUUCAUGAAUUUAUUAUAAUUUAGUGUAACGCCCGAGUUUUCCUUCGUCUAUGUUAUUAUACUCGUAUACAGGUGUGCAAAAUAACGGCCGACAGGCCUAUGCAUGUAUGUGUGUGUGUGUGUGUGUGUGUGUGUGUGAGUUGGCGUAAAUUGUUACAAUUGUGGCGACAGUAGCGAUAACUGAACAAAAUAAUGUAUUUUAAAAUUAUCAUGUUUGGUUUCAGCAAUAAUAUUAUAUAGCCAACCGAUAAUUUAUUUUAUCAUUGUAAUACUUGAAUAGGAAUCUCUUGUUUUUUUUUUUUUUUUUUUUUUUUUUUUUUUGUUUAAUCCAUUCGAUAAACAAGUGAAACGCAACUAUGCAUAUUCGUGUAAAAUGUGUAAUUUUUAUUUUUAUUUUAUUGCGGUUUUUGUCAUGAGAAAUGACAAUAAUAAUAAUAUGUACGCUACGUAUGCAUUAUUUUAUCGUUUUCGAAUAUUUAAUAACAAUUUUGAAAAUAAAAUUCAGAUUUUGUUUUAGAUUCCGAGUAUUAUAGCGAAUUGACUAAGAUGUGUGCUUUUUUCUCGGUAAAGCGAAUUUUCCGCUUGGCCAUUUUUGGACUAUUUAUAGACAUUUUAAUUUUUCGAGUGUUUUACGUAAUGUUUAUUCGGUAGGUACUCUGUGAAUAAAAUUGUUGGGCCAAAUACAAAUGCUUGACAAUGGAACACGAGGUUUAUUAUAAAUUGUACUUAGUGGUCAACAAGAAAAAUUAGAGUGUAGUUUUUUUUUUUUUACAAGAAUUUCAAUAUCAAAGUUUGAAAGCAACACUAUUAAUCAAACUCUCUCAGAAUCGUUGUUCGUGAGCAAUGGUUAAUCGUUGCGUACAGACAUACAUAUAUUAAAUUUCCUCUCUACCUUCCUAACUUCUCACCUACAACAGUGGCCCACCUAUCGUGAGAAGUAUGUCCGUCGUUUUUAGUACAAUACCUUUACUAAUUAUUGUAAAUAUCGCACAAAUCUGCAGUAAGUCCGUGGUUUUUAUUGCAAUUUUUUUUUUUGUAAAUUUCGGUUGGGUUUAGCGAUAAAGGUUCGGUAGAAAUAAUAAAAUAUUUUAUUGUAUUUUUUAUAGUUAGCUAAUGAUUGUUGUGAUUAUGUCUUUGCGGACGUGAACACAUAAUAAUUUUAGACAAAUAAUAGUAAGAAGGGAAAAAAACCAUCAUUUUUCUCAGUGAUGGAAGCUAGUAUUAUAAUAAUAUAUAUAUAUUGUAAUACUAUAUAUAAUACGGAUGUCCUUCACAGUUCACUAGCUACGCGUAUGACACAAAUCGAUUGCCGUUUUCUUUUGUUUUCCCUGUGAAGUAGAAUUACGAAAAAAAAAAACAACAGACCCGUAAAAGACUUCCCUCUUUUUCGUGCAGCGCUUCUUUUUUACAGCGAGCGAGACCGAGCUCGGCGGUGGCGGCGACGAUGUACCCGACGAACCGUGAAAGGAAAAACGAUUAUCGCGUGGCGGCGGUGGCGGCGGCGGAGGUUCGGUAUAAUAUUAUUAUCAUCAUGGUCGAUGACCAAAAAACGGUUUUCCGUAUACUUGCAUACAAUGUUAUAUAGGUAUAAUACCCCUCGGUCGGUGUGUAGGUACGAAAAAUUCGUCGGCCGAUUAUUUAUUAUAACGGACCGCGGACCUGUUGAUCUCGUGAAAUCGCGAAUUCGACACGAACUCGCGCGGCUCGUCUUCGUCGUCGUCGCAAUUCACAAUCAUCAACAGGUGUAUCGUCGGAUAUAAUCAAUUGGUUUUGUUCGGAAAAUCGGUUAAAACAAAUUUUAUUUUUUUUUUGUUUCUCCCGACGUAACGUCACGAGCGCGCAUAAUUGUAAAAAAAAAAAAAAAAAUCAUAAUAAUACAAAUAUAUAAUAUCAUCGUCUUCGAUAUAAAUUAUCGCGCGUACACCAGAUUAUAAUAACAUUAUACCGCGUCGUGUUAUUUAUUUUAUAUACCUGCGCGUAGUAUAAGUACCGUGACCAAUUAACUGCGUGUACAUUUGGGAAUUGUCGGCUGACUUUUUCUUUUUUUUUUUUACACCGAUAUAACGUUAUAAUAUGAUAUUAUGUCGGACUACAGUAUAGAAAAAAAAAAUAGCGUUUUAUUACGUGUGUGUGUGUGUGUGUGUUUGUAAUUCGCAUCGAGAAUCUGUAUUAUACGCAAUAAUAACACUAAUAUGUAAUGACUUUCCCGAGUGUAAAUAUAACGUCUUUUGUCAACUCGGCGCGACGAUGACGCGACGUACCGCCUAUAUAGGUACCUACGUAGGCUGUCCCAUAAAUAUAAGACACGAAAAUAUAUCGGAAUAAUGAAAAAUGAAUUUUAAACAUUUUUUAACGCGAUAAAUUAGACGCGUUUUCCAAAUUUUUCCGCAUUCAGUCACUUUUCAGAAAAAAAAAACAAUGCGUUUUUACCCGCUUGAAAAUACCAUCUCGGAAAUGCGCGCAGCACAUGCCUCGUCUUCAACACUUUCUCGACCCGAACCGAUACGCUUUUUCGAGACAUUACGUGUGUGGACUAUAAACUUCGGUCAUUUUUCUACGGAUUUCGGCCGAAGUAACAUUUUAAAAAUUAUAAAGAUCAAUUCAAAAGACUUCUUCUUCUGUGCAACUUAAAUAUUGGUUUUCCGUGUUUAUGCGUGGCAGACAAAACGCUCAAGUAUCAUAGUUGUACUUCAUAACACAUAGAAUACGCAGUUUAUUAACUAAAUUAUCAACGUUGGAUAUUUCCGGCCGAUAUGGUACAUUGUUUACGCUAAAAAAAUAACUCUGUACCUUAUUUAUCGGACAGUUUACAUCACAAACUUCACUUCACGGUGAUGAUAGGGUUGAUAAUCGCGGACACUUGAAGUUGUCGCAAAACAUUAUUAUACUCGCAAUAUUAUUAUUACAGCCGUUACCUACAUUUUAUAGUCGUAGUGAAAUGUUCAAAACAUUCUGGCGAUUUUCGAGCUGUUUAUAAGCGUCUGAAGUUUUGCGUGGUUCUUUUUUCACAGACUCGUUCGAUUUGCUAACUUGAGUCGUUUUACAAGAUGUUUAAAGUGAUAAAAAUUAAGGUGAAUUUUAAUAUGAAUUUAAUAAAUUAGGGGUGUAUUUUUAUGUUUUUACUUCCCUACACAGAACCAGCGUUAGCAAAAAUCGACGGAGAGCUGUGAUUAAAAAUUUGCUGACUCCAUACACUAAAUUUACCGACUUCGAUAAAUGUUUUUACUCAUUACUUUGUUCUUUAAUAAUUAAUACAUUUGUGAUAAUAUAGCCUGUAUAAGUAAUCGCGUGAUAAAAUACCAAAAAAAAAAAAAAAAACUAAGAAAUUAUUUGUUUUUCUGAAUUUAAAACUAAUUUAUAGCUAAAGUGCUGAUUCGAACAAAAAAGUUUUAGGACAGGAGUUAAAUAAUUAGUUUCUAACCUAUUACCUAAUUUAAAACUGUAUUUUAAAUAGUUGUUACUUAUAAUUUAUAUCGGACAAUGUCGACAAUGACUAUGAGAAAAUUCGUGUGUUUUUGGUUUUGUUUAUUAUUAUUGUUUCGAAAACACGAGCAACCGCCGACGGUGUUUUACCAAAUUUGGAUUUACUUUGCUGCUGCUGCCACUGCUAACUACUGUUGCGAUAAUUGGACGUUUUGAGAAAAAAAAAACCAGUUCGUUCGCCAGCGCGCUGUGAAAAUAAAAUAUGUUUUAUUAUAUAAAUUAGGCGAAGUAGAACGAAUUCUGUAUGGUUUUUUUUUGUUUUCGUAAAAAGAAUAGUUUUCAAAAUAUAUCGGUCUCUCGUCGGUAUACAAUAUUAUAACGGUUACCGCGGUCGUUAUUCUAUUCAAUCAAUCGUGUGUUCGAACUGUGCGAUGAUUAUAGAAGUAUAGGAUGCUGCGAUGACCUAAAAUAAUAACAAUAACAAUAAAAAAAAAAAACCCGGACGUACUUCGUACCAUGGCUUACCUGUAGUAAGCCUGCACUGUCGUAGGUGGGAACAUUUUAGGAUAUAAGAUAUACGGUGAUUAAAUGAUGUAUAUAUUAUACUGAAAUCAACAAAGAGGCAUUUCAAUCGAUUCUAAGCGAAAUAUAAGUAUAGGAUUAAUCGAUCGAGUUUUUUGGCAAGGUAACACAGAAUGAAACAAAAUGACGUUAAAAACAUCAAAAAGCGCAUUGCAAUUUAAAAAUGCCCAUUUACCUUAUAAAUAAUCUGCGAACCGAGUUUUUUGCUUUUUAGCUUAGGUAUUAUAGUAUCGGAUGUAGCGCGAAAGUUGUAUCAUCAUCGCCUAUCUACCUACUCUGUAAUGCUGAUUUAAAACCAUUAUUUCUUAUAUUCAUGCGCAGUACGUCAAUAAUUAUGCAUCAAAAAUCAAAAUAUCAUUUUAUAUUAUAUAUAAUACAUUUUCAUAUUUUCUAUUGUAUAGAGGAGAAGAUACUCGAUUCUAUAACAUGCAAUUCGAUACAUCGGGAUAUUGUAUGACCAAUAUUUGUAUUCACCUACUUACCUAAUGCAUAAAAAAAAAAAAAAACCUUACAAUAAUUAGAUACCUUGACUGUGUUAUAUAAGUAUACGUUAUAAUACGGUUAUUAUUACACGAGAAUAAUACGAAUUUUGAUUCGAACGGUCGGAGUAUGAUAUAGGAAUGCAUUCUGACGAAUUUCAUAGGUGGGAGGGGGGGCGAAAUAUUAAAAUAUUAAGAACCAUAGAAAUUAUAUAGAACAGUGGUGUGCAACCUUUUUUGAUCCACGACCCCUAAAUCAAUUUAUUUCGGCAAGACGACCUCCUUAAUAUAUACAAUAAUUAUAGUCGUAUAAAUUAAAUCAUUAAUUUUAAGUAGUUUUGUUUAAUUUAAAUUAUCCAAAUUUUUGAUUCCAAAACAUAAAAAAAAAAAAUUACACAAUUUAAUGAGACCCUUGUGAUUGAAUUGUAUACAUGAUUGAAUUUAAAUUGGAUUUGAUAUUUGAGACUGCAACUCUUAAAUCUGUUUCUACAUUUAAUCUGGAGUGAUGUUUGUUUUUUAUUAUCGCUAGUGUUGAAAAUGCUGUUUCGCAUAAAUAAGUUGAAGCAAAAGAAAGGAAUAAUUUCUAAUUAAAUUUAAAAAUAACCCAUACCUACUGCGUGAUUCAAUAGAAUUUACUGUCGCAAUAUUAAGAUAAUAAUAUGGCAUGUUACGAUGGAUACGGCCACCGACGGUACAAGAAAUAUUACGCUGUAUAAAAUAAUAGAAUUAUAAUUAUAUUAAUUAUUUAUUAAUAUAAAAUAUAUAUAAUUUAUAAUUUUCAUUUGAUGUAAAAAUAUUGGUGACCCCCUGUUAAAAUUUCGCGACCCACUUGGGGGUUACGCACCAUUGAUAUAGAACAUUGGAUAUUUUUCGAUAUGGAACAUCAUAUAAACGGCGUAAGGGAGGAAAGCGAACGCCCCAUCCCUUAGUAAAAAUAUUAGGUAAAUAUGGUCAAACGUGACGUAUUGUCUAAUGAGCGACGUGAUAAUUUAAGUACCGCAUGGCGAAAUAAUUAUUGAAAUAAUGUUUUGUUUAUGUAAUUGUUUGAAAUGCAGUGGACGCCAGCGGCGUCCAGUGUAACUCACUUUGGGACCAGCACAAAAUCGGUCUUAUGACCGAAUGAACAUCAAUAGGCUAAGAGGAGAAAGCAUAGAAUGUAUUUAGAUAAUGUGUCCGGACCGUCCCAAGUGAUUUUGAGUCUAAGCGACUUAAACCUUAUAAACCUUAUGUCCGUGAUCCUUAUAAGCAGCGUCCACUACAAUCGUAAAAAAAAAAAAUAUAUACAUUUUAUAAGUAAGUACACAGACUGUUACUAUGUUUACUAUGUUACUAAGAUUCUGAGUGUAUAGCGCAGAAGUCACUAUUUGUUUUACUAAUAAAACGGGCUUUUUUUUCUCUCUCUUAAAAAACACUUUUUUGUUGGUUAGUCGAUAAGUAAAAAUGUUCUAAACCGUGACUUCUCAUGUGACGGCAUUCUAAAAGACGCGGAUUUUUCGUGGUAUUUUAUUCAAACAAUUUUUCUCGUAGACUUCUGAAAGUUUUUUUUAGAAAAACUUUUAAUGAAAUGACGUUUUUAUUUUUAUUUGUUCCGAUUCCUCUUGUGGGUUACCGUGGCUCAUCGAAUAAGAAUAAACACGAUUAAUAAUUACGCCAGUUUACUGUGCUCCGAUCAGAAUCGUUUUUUGUUUGCAAUGAUUUGUCGUGUUGCUUUCGUGUGUAUAUAAAUUAAAUGAUCAGCUACCUAUACAAUAAACUGCCCUCUUACAACUUGAAUCCGACAACUUAUUUUUAUCUGAUUUACUAAUUAUUGUUUUAUCAUACAAACUUUUUUUACAAUGACAAAUUAUUUUAUGUUCUCGGUUUUAUUUACAACAUAUAAUGCGGUCACAUAUAAUUAAUUUUUUACCGAGUUUGGUUUAGAUAUCUAGGCAAACCAAAUAUAAAAUAAUACGUUCAAGCGCGUAACAUAAUCAUACAUCAUAUUAUAUUAUAUAAAUUUGAAUCUAGUUUCAUGUGUAGUUAGUACGUAUACGGUAAUGAAUUCUCAGCUGUAAACCGUAUUACCGUAUUACCUAUACUUGCAGCAAGGUUAACGUUUAUGAAUUAGUUCAAUAUGGUAAUUAAAUGUGUAGUCACAUAAUGGUGGUUCGGUUUUGAAUAAUUGAAAUCGGUUUAGAUGUAGGUAUAGGUAUUGUAGACGGUGACGUGGAUACACCUAAUUCACACCAAUUAUACGUUUUUAAAAAUACCUAUUGUUUCUCGAAUAAUAUUGUUAUUAAAUAUCAUUGCUAUUAUGAUAGACCAAUAACUGCAGCUACGCGGUAUGUAGUAAUUAUUGGUAUAUCGGUAAAUAAUUUUAAUAAUAAUAAUAAUAAUAAUUGUUUCUAAAUAAUUAUUAUUAUAGGUGUCUACUAUACGAUAGUAUACCUAGGUACGCGUUAUAAAGUGAUAUAAAACUGCAACGUUCAAAAACAAUGAAAGACCUCGCGGUGGAAAACAAUAAUUACAAAAACAGAAUAUUAACUAUUUAGGUAUACAUAGGUGUAUUUAUUAAGAUAAUUACGCCCACUUUAACACCGGACGGCUCCUGUAAUCCACAGUUUUUUGAAUUAUUGUUAUUAUAAUACACGCGUUAUAGGAAACCAGAAAAUUGGAUAAUUGUAUACAACACCGUUGGCGUUUAUCGUUAGCAUCCGUUAGUAUUUGCCCCGAUUCUCUAUCUAUUGAUAAACCUCAAACGACGAUGACGACGACGGUUUGAGGAGAGAAAAACCACACAACCGUAAUACGAGUAUAUUCUAGUGGUAAACAAAUUGCUUUGAAAGUCGAAACUGCCACUGAAGGCUUAAGACAACAAUACAAUAUAAUAUUAUAAUGUGACCGCAGUCCAAAAUCAAAGAAAAAUAGGACGGAAAAAUGUAUAGCUUCAGUGGUUUUAAAACUAAAAACAUAUUUUAUUAGAAAAUUAUAGGUUUCAAUUCCAUUGCAGGGUCGUUGCAGAAAACGUGUUCGUUUGCGAAGAUAAUCGCGGAGAUAUUACCAGAUUUUCAUUCUCGCAAUUUUUGAACGGGAUUACGAUUUUUCAUCCGAUUUAUCAAACUUUUUAUUACCUAUCUGUUUUUAUACUUUUUUCCCCUUCGCACGUUCAUGAACCGUAAUAUCGGUAUUUUUAAAACAGUAUUAAUUUACCUUUGUUCUAUAUUAAAAUAAUUUAAUCUAAAAUAGUAUCUGUAACAAUAUAUAACAUCUCAAUGCUAUGCGAAAGUGAAAUCCGAACAAUGUCAAUAUGAUAUUUAAUGUUAUACAUAUAAGUACAGAAAAGCAAAAGUGAUUAGAGGCGUUUAACAUGUGGUACUAUUAUAUGUGUACAGAAUUCGAUGGGCCGAGUGAACUUCACCGUACGACAAAGUGCUAAAUAGCAGCGAGUAUUGGAAAGAAGAAUUAGUUUGGUAAGAAGGUUAGACCGAAAAAGUAUUAGGGUUAUUAGUAUUGGUAUUAGGGUUAUGAAUUUUUAGUCUAUAAAUGGAUACUCAGUUUACUGUUCUUUCUUAUAUAUACUAACGGUAUAAAUUUUAAACGUUUAUAAUUCGGCCGUCUAUUUGUGAAACAAAGUGCCAAUUUGUAAUAUUUAAAAUGUUAUUCUUUACUUACAAAUGCAAAUAUACAAUAAAAAUAAUAAUAAUAAUAAAAAAGAAGCAAAUUUCUAUAGUGGCGCUCAAACCCGAAUUAACACUAUCAUAGGCUCAAGGCACUAAACAAAAAAAAAAAAAAAAAACGAUCAACAGUAAAUUGUUAGAUUUGUCGCUAAUGAGAGAAAAAAAAUCAUCAACAUUUUUUUUGUAGGCUUUAGGCUGGCUAUGGCUAAAUUUUAUAACUUGAUAUGAUAACAAUUUUAAUAAAUCUUAAAAACAAUUUAUUUCACUCCAACAUAUAUAAAAUUAAAUUGUCAAAAAUCAAUAAAAAAUUACUUUUUUAUACCAUUUUGCAUAUGUCUUUAUCCUUCUUCACCAGUGGCGGCUUGAAGUAUGUUUAUCUUGAAACACUGAUUUAAUUUUCCACCCAUUUACCCACCCAUCCGAACCCAAAGUACCUCCACCCUACCACAAAUGUAUUGAAAUUUGACUAACUCCAAAAAAAUUUAUCACAUGUAUGAAAUUUACGCAGUCUAAAAUUCUUUUAAUGAAUUUUAUUUUGUAUAAAUUUAAUAAUUUUGUCAUAUUUCUGAACACCCAGGCACUCACGACCCACACGCACGUUUUUUUGUGAAUAUUAACUUACAAUAAUAAUAAUAAUAAUAAUAAUAAAAGAUAUAAAUAUAAAAUAUUACAAACAAAUCGCGUAGCCACACAUCUUCGUAGGUCCUAGGCAUAGUGCCUAUAGUGAUUAUGCGUUAAUAUGGCCCUGGUGGCACUUAUUGUGUUUCACUAAUAGAAAACCAUAUUGAUAAAUGAUAAAUCCAGUACGAGUUUAAUGCUUAUUAUAAUGUUUGGAAAAAAAAAUAUCCUUUGUUUGAAUGUGUAUAACGCAUGGGGGGGAGUAAGGGUGGCUAUUUGAAAAUCCAUAGGUAUACUCAUUUCUGGUAGGUGUAAAGAGUAGGGGUAAAAAAAUGUUAAAACAGAAAUCAAAUUCACUUAAAAUCCUCAGAAAAAAUCGCUGGUUAAUGCAUAAUUGGAUCAUAUUGUAGAGUGAACAAAGAUACUAAUAUUUUAUCAAUCAGAUUUCUUACUGUAGGAACAAAAAAUCCCACUAAAAUUGUCUUGUCGUUAUUACGUAUAAUAAAACGUUUUUAAAAAUAUAACCAUCUUAUUAUGACAUCAUCGUACAAGUAUCAUAUGUAAAUGUUUGUUAUGUUUUCGUAUACGGUAACUAUAGUUACAAUUUGAUUAUUUCAGUGCACCGAACAAUCAAAGUUCAUAACAAUAAACGAGUUUUUACAGUUAUGGUUUAUCAUAAUAUAAUAUUAUUUUAGUUUUAUUAACUUAUAUAUCACACGUACCUACCUAUUAUCAGUAUUUUAUAUUCUAUAUGGGUGCACAAAACUAUUAUUAAAUUACAACUAUUUACGCAAUCGAAGGAUAAACUGCAGCUGCAGUUUAUGCGCGUCUGCUGCGUGUAGUAUAAUUUACAGUAGAUACCGUUAAUUAUGACACUCGGUUGUAGUGACAUAUCCGGCGUUAUGGCCUUAGAUUGAAGGUUCUGGCAAAACUUCUAUAUUUUAUGUAUUUAUUUGUAUUAUCUAUUAUGACGUUUAUGCAAUGAGUCAUUAAUGAGUAAUGACUAUACGGAUGUUAUGACGGUUAAUUUUGGUUAUAUUGGAAAAAUCAAACAAAUUUUAAAGAAAAUUAAUUAAAAAAUAAUACUCAUUUUUUUAAUAUAAAGUAAAUUAAAUUUUGAAAAACUACUUUUUCAAUUUAAUUUUUUUUUGUAUGUAUUGAAGUCACAAUUUAGUGAUGAAAAUACGACACAUUGAUUGUAAUAACAGAAAAAAAUAAGACGGUAAUAUAUAUUAACUAAUUCCUCAAUUUUUUUUUCGGUUUUUCGCAUUUGAUGAAAAAUGAUCUCCUUAAAGUAGCUCUCAGCACCGAUUUCCUUUCAGAAAAGGUGCAACACUUAAAAAUCGAAGUGAGUCUUCUGGUAGAAAAGUUGCGCACAAAUAAUAAUAAAAAAAAUAAACAUUUUUGUAAAACUAUAAGCUUCUUCGUUCCACUCAGAAUCUAAAAGUAAGCAGGUAUACAUUAAACAGUUUGUACUUGGUUUUAAAAUCAUUUGAGUAGAAUUUUCUCCUACCUAUUGCGUGUUGUAGAAAAUAUUCUUUGUGAAACAAUAAAUGCGCCCGAAUAGUAUUUGUAUACUAUAUUAAACAUACUACUUUUGAAAAAAUUGUGAAAUUUGAGCAUACAAAUGAUAGGGGUGGGGUUUGAAGAUUUAAAUCCUCCAAAAGGCUCAUCUUUGAUAUUAAUGACACUCAUAUGCGAAAUGUCACCCUACUGGUUCUAUUCGAGGUGGUCUAUAGGGGCUUUUAAAGCUUAAUAAAACACCCUACUCCCUCAGUUACACCUGUGAAAACUCGAAUUGAAAUUCCACCAGACUUUUAUAAUUUUUCAAUAAUACGACUAUAAUAAAACAAUUUUAAACCCCGAGAUUGUGCUCAUUCGGUCCAGAGAAAGCCGCUAAAAGUAGCAAAUAUAUAAUAGACACAAUAUGCGCAUAUAUAAUACAACAGUCUCUAAUAUUUUCGGCGAAAAUUCGACAAGAAAAAUGAAAACCGAAUGAAGAUUGUACAUGAAAGCUGUUUUUAAACUUUACUUUUUUGGCGUUUUUAAUAUGUUGUUAUUCUUGACGUGACUAUUUUUAUUUUAAAUACAGCGGGAUCUCGUUAAUCAGAACAAGAUGUGCGGAAAGGGCUACCUAUUACUAUUAAAACACAUUUUCUUGAGAUUUAAAUAUAAAUCAUUACAAUGAGCGCGUAAUUACUGUUUUGUCCUUUUUUCCUUUUUAUGUCACUGUUUUUAGAUGUACCUAUCCCGAAUCGUCUUGAGAUGACACUGUAGUCGAUCCCUCUUAUCGUUAAUCAAUAUAAACGCUUCUAACUUAUCCUGUAAUUUUAACGUAUAAAACUAAAUAAAAUGGUUCGAUAAUUCUCAAGUUCAUUCGGAUUAUCGCGUCUUUUUUUUAUGAUUAGCCUGCGUUCGGAUUAACGAGACUUUACUGUAUAUUAGGUGCCCUGUCUUUAACAGCCGUCAAUAUUGUGACGGAAAUGAAGGCCCGGGGUAUUUUUCUUCCGGCAUUAUAAAUCCGAGUUGUUUUUUUUUUUUCGUAAACAAGCAACAAACGAUAAUAUAUUUGUAUUUGUUUUCGUCAAUUCCCGAGACCGAAACAUAACAUAUACUCGAAAAAAAAAAACACGGUUUUAUUAGACUAUUAUAAUACCUACUCGUAUUUAGUGUUAUUAAUGAAUAUACUUUGUACAUUAAAUACUAGGUGUUAUUAUAAUAAACGCUAUUUAUUUAAACGAACUAUUUCAGAUUAGUGUAAGAUGCAAUCGUAUAUUACGGUUAUUUUAAAUCCAUAUCGUUUGAUAAUCUCUAGAGGAUUUGAUAUUUAUUGUUAUUUCUGAUUGUGUACGGUGUAAUUGAAUCCAGACCGCAAUAAAGUUAGACAGUUAAAAUGUAUCGGUUGUACUCGAGGUGAACCAGCACCCGGGUUGUCUGCACAAUAAUAGAUAGUAUUUUCGAACAGUUUGAGUUGAAAAAUUUAAAAAAAAUGGUUUUGAUUUUUUUUUUCGGCCAUUUUUGUAGAUAGUCAUUUAAUGGUAUUGUUUACUACAAUAUUUCUUUCGAUAUUUCACCGUUAUAUACCAUAAUAAACUGGACACGGCGACGCUUUUAAUUUUCAAAUAUCAAAACAUGUUUCCAAUCGAACAGCUUAGUUUCACAACAAUACGGAAAAACAAAUUGUUAAAUCGUUAAACCCGUUAAGAGGCCAUACGUGUUCAUUCCUGUCCUUCCCAAUGGACGUCCGUGUCUCGUGCUAACAGUGUAAGAGAUAGCCAAUAACCGCGCACAGGAUUUAAAUAUUCUAAAUAAUAUAUUAUUUACUAUUAGUAUUACUCCAUACAAGGACGAAAAUGUCUGGAAAUGGGAAUUUUCCGGAUGAUGACAUGGAUCGUAUUAUAGCUUGGUGCCCUGGUGACUUGAUAUUUGUACAUAACAUUUGACUUACUCAUAUUGUUUAAAAACUCAGUAAAAAGUUAUGUCAAGACACAUUAUAUUCGUUUUAGUACGUUUUAGUUUUAGUACCUAUUAAGUUUGUUUUUUUUAUACAUUCUCGUUUAAAACAUUAAAACGCGAAAAAAAUUUUAUUUGGGAAAUUGAUUAUGUAUACUUACGAUUAUGUAUUAUUUAUUUAUUUUAACUGUGAAAAAAAAAACUAAUAGUGAGGUUAUAUAGAAUAAUUUAAUUUAUAUUUAUUACGCAACGAUAAACCAUUGCUAACAAAAAACAAUUCUUAGCAGAGUAUUAUUAGUCGUAAUUUUUCAUUUGUUACUAAUCAAGAAAUCAACAAAGUUAUUUCCAUCGUUUAUUAAGAAAAUUACUAGGAAAAUAAAAAACAAAAUGACUUCCUAAUAUAACUACUAGAUCAAAAGUGCUACAAGAAAGAUUUGUGAUAGAAAAAACUGUUUACAAAUUCAUACACACACACACAUACACAUAAACACAUAGUUAAACCAAUACAUAACUAGCUUCGCUCAGUAUCUAAAAAAACUAUUAAACGACUCGGAUAUCAAGCGCGGAGAGUAGUUUUGAACGGGAUGUCUGACGGAAAAAACCGACAAACAACAGUUUUACACGGUUUUCGACGCGUUCUCGUCGAACCGUUUAAUAUGUUUUGUUCAUGUGUAUUUUACCCACUUUUCACUCACACACACGACUGUAGCACAAAAUGUACACCUAUAAAUUAUGAUUUUACUAUUAUGUUUUAGGGCUUAUUCUUGUCAUCACGACCGUCUCGUUUGCGGUACAAGCCACGACCAACAGACCGAAAGCUCAAUGCGUCAACUCGAAAGAUCCCAAAGGUUUGAUGUCGGCCAAUUGUGGCUACAAUGACCUCCUAGCCGUGCCGGACAACAUAUACCCCGACGUUCAGGUGAGUUGACCCGACAAGAAAAAAAAAACCCAAAAUAUAUAAUAAAGCCAAACUAAUAUCAUAUUGUAUAUACAUCAACUUUUCAAUAAAAUUAUGAUGUGUCUCCGUGUUUAUUUAUAGGACAAUUCGUACAGUUAUAGAGUAUUUUUCCUGUUCUAAUGCAGCAGAGAUUGAUGCGCAUUUCGUAUAUUAUUGAUUCUCGUCCAAUAAACUUACGUGCAUACUAUUCAUAUCUCGACUACGUAGGAGAAUUGUAUUCCAUUUGUUAUAUGCGAAAAAAAUUGACCAUCUGUUUAUUUCAUCGGUUUAUUUGGGUGUGAAAAAAAAAUGUAUACCGAAUACAUAAUAUUAUAUUAUCUAUACGAAAUGAAAAGUAAGCCUCGAGAGCUAUCUCGACGAAACCGAAAUGCUGGCUUGGUACUGCUGGCGUUUCUUCAUUUCAGAUUCUGAUUUAAUGGAACGAGGCUAUAAGUGUUACUUAAUUACAGUUUUACUAUAAUAUGUGUUUUUGAUAUUCAGGGAAAACAUUUAUUCGGUUAUAAUAGGAAAAACUAUUUGUUUUAUAGAGUACCUAUUUUAAUUAUAUUAUUAAAAAUGUUGUGAUUUUCUGUGUAGCUGUUUUGUGUACUUUAUUCGAAUGAAAAACUAUUCUAGAUUCCGAAUAUUUUCGCAGUCUUGCAAAACGUAGUCAAGUAUAAAAAACGGCAUAGAAAACACAUUUAAACGCCUUAUUUCAUCCAGUGUUUCACUAAAAAAGCGAACGAGUUUACAUUCACGUUCAUUAUCUAAUAAAACCAAACACGUUUGUGUUCACGUUCACGUUUCUUGGAAAACGAAUGCGUUCAAUUCAGAGGUUAGCUCCACGGGUGAAAAUUAGUACGUUCAAUAUUUGAUACUUUGAAAAACGGCGAAAUAUUACCAAAAAACACAAACAAAAUUAUAAAACGUAUUAUACGACUAAAUGAAAGAAAAAAUAAAAAAAUAACAAUUUAUAUCGGUAUCCGGUUUUUUUUUUUUUAAACCGAUAUUUCCCUAAAAAUAAUUUCAAUAAUAUAUCUUCAGAUUAUAAAAAAAAGUAUUAAUAUAUCGCGUUUUCAGACCAAUAUGCGUACAUGUCGUUCAAUGUCAAUAUUAUCUCACGGUUUCCGAUUUCAAAUAUAUCGGGUAGCGUAUAUCAAAAUGUCGGGGAUAUCGGUAAAUAGUGGUAUCGCGGUUUUUCUUUUACAUGAAAAACAUAUUUUCACGAAAAACAAUCGAAACCUAUUAGGUAUCUACGAUAUAUAUAUAUAUUGAUAAGAUACUCGCGUAUGUAUCGAAAAAAAAAAACAUUUAACCGAGCGCCUCUCGUUCACGCAAUCACGUGUUUCACUCGCGCGCGCGGUUACAGGCAAUACUGUACCGGAAUAACGUGUCCCACGCGCACAGACGUGCCUGCUCGUGUUACGAAAUGCGAGUAUUAUUUCGGAAACGAUAUUUUUUUACUGCAUAUAGUACGUAGUUACUGGUUUUUUUUUUCUUUCAAACGGUUUUUUAAACCGAUUAUAUUAUUAUAAUUAAAAGUUCCGGCACUCGUAAACGGUUUGUGACGGUCGGUAUACGGAAAAAAAAAAAAACUGACACGCAUUAUUAUUGUACGUAUUGUAUAUGGAUACGAUGUUAUUGAUAGUGAAUGCUGCGACGGCGGCGAUGGUACUUUCCGAGUUCGGGUGUGAUUCAGGAUAAAAAUGACCCGUACCGCCGGGAACAAACGUAACAAUAAUUACACUCGGCUUGUUCGUGAAAUUAGCUUGCAUUCUUGUACAAUGUAAUAUUUCACGUUUGUUUGUUUGUUUGUUUGUUUGUUGUUUGUUUUUUUUCUCUCCUUCUUUUCGUGCGACGGGAGUGCUUCCUCUCCGCGCGCGGUGAUUCACAAAACAACGCCGCCGUAAUGUUUCGAGAAAAUAUUCGUCACGUCCUCGUGUUAUAAUACUCUACAGGUAAUUGGUAUAUAAUACAAACUACACGUCCACGUUGUUAUCGCCACUGAUAAAACUGCGGCGCGUAUAACCGCCUUUUUAUUUAAUCGGCACGCGCGUGUCUCACCUUACAACGUACUUAUAUGUAAUGCGCCGCCGCCACAUUACGCGCGUCUUGUCACGCCAACACGUCAGUUACCCGGGUCGGGUUCGGAUAUCAGCGAGCGCGACGGUUUUUUUUCCGGUGGCCGGGCGGGGAGUUUACCGAAAUCUACUUCAAAACCGACACUUUUCGCUUUUGUUUUGUUCCGGUAGAUAAUUUUUAAUAAUUUUCAACGCGUAUAUUUCGUACGUUAUAGGUACCGGUUUUAAUGUAAAAUUAGGAAAUUGUAAUGAAAAAAAAUGUCGAACAAUUUCGCGUUUGUAUAGGGUUUUAUAGGUGUUCUCCGUCCGUGCCGAUAUUGUAAAUCCGUUCUGUUUGUGUAAUUCGCAUUUUAGAUUUUGAGCGGAGCGAGCAGUAUGUAUUGCAGGUUUUACAAUGAUGGUUUAUUAUUUUUUUUUUAUCUGUGAACGACUUUUCUACCGGAAAUUUUGCUCCGAUUUUCAUGUGUAGCGCUUUUUCCGAAACGAAAUCUAAUUGGGGUGAUCCUUUUGGAAGGUGGUUUUUUGAUUUUCCCAGAGGUUUUCAUAAUAAACGGGGGAAAACGCAGGAAAAAAGAAAAAUUUACAAAAUUUAUUAUUUUAAAAUCGUAAAUAUUACGUAAUUUUCAUUACGCUUGUGACCGUUGUGCAAACUUCACGUUUACGCUCUAGCAAUAUUCUAAUGGUAGACAAUAAUAACAACAAUGAUUUAUCGUAUCCGCGCGUUGUUCCAGGUGUUGGACUUGCGGCACAAUUACAUCGGCAAGUUGAGCAAGGACAGUUUCACGCUGUAUCCAAAGAUCAAGAAGCUACUGUUGUCGUUCAACCGGGUGAACAAGAUCGAGCCCGAGUCGCUGGAGGUGCUCGGCGAACUGGAAACGCUGGACCUGUCGCACAACGCGGUAGAAGAGGUGCCGGCCCACCUGCCCAAGUCGCUGGAGCGGUUGUACCUGAGCGGCAACCUGGUGACCGACACGCAGAACCUGCCGCAGGCGGUCGGCCUGCAGGUGCUGUGGCUCAGGGCAUGCGACUUGCCGGCGUACCCGGUGCAAGUUCUGUUGCCCAACCUGGUCGAGCUGGACGUGUCGGAGAACAGCCGGAUCACGGAGCUGGAACCGGUCCACUUGGCCCGCACGUGCCGGUUGGCCAAGCUGAACCUUACCGAAACCGACGUGUUCCGGGCCGGCCAACCCGGGUCGCACUGCCGGUGCCGGCGCGUCGUCGAGUGGGCCCGCACGUACAAGAUACGUUUGGUCGGCAUAGCGGCGUGUCCGGACCCGGUGGAGGCGGACAACAACGAGGGCGACGACGACCCGAGGACCGAGAACUGCACGAGGAUCCCGGACGCGGCCUCCCUUGCGUUCAACGAGUGCAUGUCCGAAUGGGAGCACCGGAACACGCCGUACUGGGCCAUAGGUUCGGCCAUGAUGAUCCUGGCGGCGCUGCUGCUGGUGCUGUGCUUCUGCGUCCAGCGGCGCCGCCGGCGUCCGGACAAAGCGCUGCAGAGCGUGCCGGCGUCCGACACCAAAGACCCGCAGAACAACGACUCGGCCGUGGCCGCCGCGGCCAAAAACAAGUCCGAACCCGCGGCCCUCUUGUCCUAGAGAUUUUCGCCCGGAAACCGUGGAAAAAUCCCACCAUCAAAUUUUUAACAAUUUCAAUUUAAUCGUGUACACCCCCCCCCUUCUCCCAUAUCCUCCCCGUCACCUCCCCACCCCAUUGGCCCCUUUCCCGAUCCUACCGUUCCCGUUAUCAUACGGACCAGCACUUGAUAUUCUCAAACGAGUAUGUAGAGAUAAAUAAUAUAUUAUAUAUAUUUUACUUUAAAAAAAAAAUACCACUAAACAACUACUUUAUUAUAUUUUUGUACUCGACCCGAGUCAACUACUAUAUGUGUGUGUACUUAAAUCAUCAUCAUAUUAUUAUUAUUAUUAUUAUUAUUAUUAUUAUUAUCAUUUAUACGUAUACGUAGUGUAAUUUUUAUUGAUAUAAUAUUAUUAUUAUCAUCGUAUUUUUAAUACCCGGACGUUGUGUGCAGCCCGCGCGUAGACGCAUAUAAUAUCAUAUAGGUUUUUAUAUUAUUAUUAUUUUCGUUUUUUAAAUCGUGAUUUGUCCGUUUUCCGUUUUUGACCGCACCCGCGUCGCGUUACAUAAUAUAUUAAUAUAAAUUACGGUAAACGUGACAUUUUUUUUUUUUUCAUGAUCUCUAUGCGUAGGGAGAUUUUUUUUUCCUGAAUAUUUUUCCUUGUAGUUUUUUUUUUUAUUAUUAUUCGCCGCGCUUAUAAUAAUGAAUUAGUAGUAAGCGUUAGUAUAAGCAAAUAACAGUAAUACGCCGUGUCCCUAUGCGUGAUAAUAAUAUGUGAGUAUAUAGCGAAAUCGUCUGUUUAGAAACGCGUUCACACGACAAUAUAUAUUAUAAAUAUAUAAAUAUUAUCAUUGCCGCCUCAGUUUUCGUUUCUCGUCGCUCUUUACAUUGUAUUACGAAUUCCAUACUGUCGGGACGGCUCGAAUAUUAUAAAAAAACACCGUCGUUCCGUCGCGCCCAGCGCAGUGUGCACAUCACCGCGCGUCAUCGUCGCGGUGUGUGUGUCGGAAAGGCAAACACGUUAUUAUCGCCGGCGCCCGGUUCUUUUACGAUACAGCGCACGCCUCGCAAUCCCCUCGAGAUAAGCGCAGAUAUCUCCUACUCGUACACAAGUAAUUAGAAAAACAAAUAAACGCGCGAAAUUCGCUUGGUAAUCGUAUAGCUGCGGAUAGCUUUCGUCGUGAAUAAAAUAAAAAAAAAAAAAAACAACACGUCUUUAGCACCGCGGCGUGUCGACCGGAAAAUGUUUUCGAAUAACGCCCAAAAAAAAAAAAGAACGAGUUCCGCGAGUGCUACGCAUAUCUAGAAGAAAAAAAGAAAAUUAAUAAACCGCCGACGAAACCCGACCGCAGUAAUAGACGUAUACGUAUACAGGUACCGACAUUGAGCUUUUGUGAAAUUUUUAUUCGUACGGUUUUCUUCGGAUCACCCGACGCCACUUCAGAGGGGGGGGGCGGGUGCGCGGUAAGAUUCAUCGGCUUAAACGGUAAUGCCGCUGAGUCAUCUGUAACAAAUGUGCACGUAUAACACAAUCUCUCGUAAGUCCAGUCACUAUACAUACUCACUAUUAUCGUCAUCGUGUCGUUUAUAUUAUGUAUAUCCGAUAUAUAUAUAUUUUUUUACUUAUAUAAUAUAAUGCAUAUGUUACAUUUUUUAUUUUAUAAUAUUAUAAAUACACUACGAUUUUUUUUUUAUAAUAUACAAUUUAUUAUGUUUUCGAAUAAAAAAAAAAAAUUAAGUAUUUAUUAGUUUAGGUAAGUUCAUUACACACACCUAUACUUUUAUAUUUAAUUAAUAUUGUAUUGUUUUUUUUUUUUUUUUUUUGUAUAUUUUAUUGUUUUAUUUUUAAUUUUAUUAUUCCACGUGAACAAAAUAUUACAAUUAUGGUACAUUUUUUUUUUCGUUGUACGUUAAAUAAUAAUUAAAAUGUCGAU